AUGAGGGUUGCUAGGGCGGACAACAGUCAACAGGGUAAGAAAGGAGCAGGGAGAUCGAGGAGGAAUCGAGGAGUGGGUGGAGUGUCAAAGGGUUUUGCACUGAAGCGUGGGAUGGGUGGGAGAAAGGGAGGAGCACGGGGGAGGAAGAGUAGUCGGAGCAAGGGGGCUUGUGGUCGGCUGGAUGGUGAAGAGGAGGCGGAAAGGUUGAGGGUGAGGGGGCAGAGGGAGGAGGGAGAGGAAGGAGGGGAGGGAGGGGAGAGAGGGAGACAUUUAGAAGAGGAGGAUAGCGAUGUGGUUCUGGUGGAGGGACCUGGGGAGGGGAGGCUGGGCGAGGAGGAGAAAGAGGGGUGCGCUGGUGUGGGGAGUGGUGCUGCGGGUGUGGGGGGCGAUGAGGGGAAUAGGACCUUGGACGCGUCUCAGAAAUCCGUUGGUGUGGGGAGUGAUGAGGGAAGUAAACGUUUGGACGCGUCUCAGAAAGGUGUUGGUGUGGGGAGUGAAGAGGGGAGUAAGGACUGGAAGGAGAGGAAUGUAAUCUGCACCCAAUAUCCAGCCAGAACGAAUAACGAGGCAUCUACUAACAGGGAUAGGAACUUGAUCUGUACUCAGUUUUUUGCUAUCGAGCCAAGGAGUGGGGAAGUGGGGAGCGGAGAGGGGGAGGAAGGAGAAGGAGAGGAGGUUGAGGAGAUUAUAAUGGAGGAGAGGGAGGAAGACGAGGAGACUGAGGAGGGGGAAGAGGAGGGAGACGAUGAGGGAAAGGAUGAGGAGGAAAAGGAAGAAGACGAGGAGGAGGAUGAGGAGGAGGAGGAGGAGGAGGAGGAGGAGGAGGAGGAGGAGGAGGAGGAGGAGGAGGAGGAGGGGGAGGAGGAAGAGGAGGAGGAAGAAGAGGAGGAAGAGGAAGCAGACGGGGGCAAGGAAGGAGAUGAUACCAAAGGAGCAAAUGAUGAGGAUGGAAGAGGUAUCGAGUGGUAUGGGGGGGAUGAGGGGAGCCCGGAUGAGCACAGAGUUUUGACAGACGAGAGGGGUGGCAGGGGUGGGGAGAAGGACCACCAUAUAGGGCGCCUGCACUCCUGUGCAGCAUGCAUGCACGGCUGGGGUAAGGGGAACGAUAAUGGACUCGUGCACUCCUGCACCGCCUUUGUGCACGCUGUGCCGUAUGUCAGCCUGCUGCUGCCGCAUGUCACCUUCACUCUGCAUGGGCUGUGCGGUCCAGAUGAGCAAGGGGAAAAAGGAGAUCUAGAGGAGCAAGAGCCAGAUGUUGAAAGUGUGGUUCUCACUGUAGCAGCUUCAAUGGCAGCAGCAGCAGAAGAAGCAGCAGCACCAUUAGAAGCAGCAGCAUCAUCAACGGCAACUGCUUUAACUACCACCCUCUCUCCAGCUCUCUCCUUCCCUCUCCCGGCCUUCUACCGGUGGGCAUCAGCGUGUGAGCGGUUGAGUGCAGCAGCAGUGGGGGCCACGGAGGCCUGUGGGGCGGACAGCUGGCUCAUGUCACACCUGCUGCUGCAAUCAGUUCAUUUCUCGUGUACCGGAGAGGUGGCACAUGGAGAGAUGGUGGCAGGGGCUGCAUCAAUAUACAUGCAGUAUGCAAGGGCACAGGACGACCUGAGAAAGGCCCUCGAAGCUUGCCGGUUGCAGGCGUCUAGGCGCAGGGGCGCACCUGCCAGCCCUGCUGGGAUACAGGACUUGAGCUUCCUGCUUGACAAGCCCCUCCUCGUCUUAGCCCCUCCUCGCUUCCCUCCCCGCCUUCCCCCUUCGUCUUUCCUCCUCGCCUUUUCCCUGCGCGACCUUCCCCCUCCUCGCUUUCCUCGCUUCUCCCCCUCCUCGCUUUCCUCGCCUUUCCCCCUCCUCGCCUUUCCCCCUCUUCGCUUUUCCCCCUCCUCGCCUCUCCCUCUUCUCGCCUUUCCGUACCUUCCCCCCUUCCCUCAAAUACCCUUAACCGCCUCCUCCCCCUCUCUUGCACCCCAUUCCCCCACUUUCAUUCCCGCUCCGUGUAGGUCUCUGUUUCCUCUUCAGCGCAGCCUUGGGCCGAGCCUAACCGCACACGGAGUGGGCUUUGUGGGAGUUUCUUCUCCUGCCUUCAAGAAACGAGAGGGCAAGGAGAUGACAGAGGAGAAAGCAGAACAGGAAAGGAGGAGUGGAGAACCGUUAGAAACGAGAGAGGAGGGAGAGGGGUUAGGGGAAGUAGGGAAGGGAGAAGGGAUUGGGGAAGGCGAAGGGGAAGGGGAGCGAGGGGAGGCGAAGGAGGGAGGGGAGAUUGACCAGGGAAAGGGGAGAAAGCGGAGGAGGAUCAUUCGCUUGAGUGAAGGAAAUGAAGAGGAGAACGAAGGGGGGGAUACAAACGAUGACGAAGAGGAGGGGUGGGGAGAAGAGGAGGAGGGGUGGGGAGAAGAGGAGGAGGGACGUCAUCGCAGGGAAUGCUUUGAAGCCAUUAAGAAGUGCCUGGAAGCUUGUGACGGGGCAGAGGGGACGAAGGGGGCGGAGGGGGCGGAGGGGGCGGAAGAGGCGGAUGAUGCAGAAGGGACGAAGGGGCUGGAGGGACAAGGUGGCAGCAGCCUGAGCAGCAUGGAUGACGAGCAGCCGCAAGAGACAAGCAAGCUUAUAGUCUUUAACCUGUUUGCCCUUGAAGCAUGGCACAUAGCGGAACAUUUCGAAGUCAAGUGCAUGGCUGCUGCGCCCUACGUCAUGCCUUACAGGCCUCCCCACCAGUUCCCUUCGCUCUUUGCUCGCAGCCACCCGUCCCUUUUCCGCCGGUUGCAACGAGCAGUUAGCCCACACGAGCUAUCAUGGGCGGAGGUGUCAGAAUGGAUGUGGCCGCUGCUCUUCCCCUGCCACCGGUGGGCACGGUGGAGGGAAGCUUCUCUGUGCCUUCCUCCCUGCGCUCUCCUGGAUCCGGUAACAGAUGAGCCGACCCACGAAUGGCCUGCGCCCACACCCUUGCUCUGCUCUACCAGUACUUCCACCCUCCUCGCGUGCUGGGCGUACCGCGUAGCCAGAACAAUGUGUUCUAUGUGGGCUUCAGUUCCAUGGGCAGCUGAAGCCCUCAACCUGCGAGCCGUGGUCGUGACAAGUGGCGACAGCGCAUUGGAGGAGGCAGUCGCUGCAGUGUGCAGGGACGAAAAGCAGCACGUGCAGGAGCAAGAGGAGGAGUGCUGGCGAAAAAGAGCAGCAGAUUUGGUUGCAAGGGGCAGAGGCGAAAUGCUGUCAGUGGAUGAGAAACGGUGGCUGUUGUCCCAGCGACCAUCCCAACCAACACCACCCCAAUUGUCAACCUCACCGCUCUUGCCUCUCGGCCUUCCCAGGAUGUUUGCGGGUGGGAUGGUCCUUGCCCUUCGGGGCCCUGUCUCUCACGAGUGGCUCUUCCCCCGCUGCUGCUUUGUGCUGCACCAUGCCGGCAGCGGCACCACAGCAGCAGCACUGCGGGCAG